UUGCAUGUUGUGCACUUGUCACUCUGGGAGUUUGUGUUUUGCAAACUGCCGUCUGACACAAGUUACUGGUUUUACAGAACUAAUGUGUCGAGAUGAAUUCUGCAAAAUCACUGGAGAAUGUUACGGUCAUUAAUAUUUGAAGUUCCCCUUUUUUGUGCCAAUGUUUUUAUAUGACUGAAUGUCGUAUUGUAUAAUUGUAGAGUUUCCCUGAUCUUUCUCACUGCAUUAAGGAAUGAGGUUGUUUCUUGUCUCUGGAUAUGAGUAUUAAAUUAUAUCAUAAACAGUAUUGUACACAGUGUGCCCCGAACCAUCACGCUUCAUAUUACAGAGGAGGUGUUAAAUACUACUGGAACAUGAAAUAAGGUCGUUUUCUCACAUUCGAGUCUAAUCUGUUGUAAACUCAAGUGUUGACACACGACCUCGUGUACUUCCUGACCUGUCGCCACCUCUGAGUGGCGACAGGUCCAGAGCCGAGGUCACAGAACGUGACUACAACAGAGGAAAUAAUCGGCGAUUUUCAAGGUUGUAAGAUUCUGAACUCUAAGGGUCACAGUUAAAACAUGAGCCUCAGAUUCAUACACUGAUACUGUUGUCGUUUAAGGAUGGAGGAAGAACUCCAUUAUGCGACUGUGGUUUUCAAAAAUGGUGGCAGUCCUCAGAAAGAAAACGAUGAGGACUCUACAAUUUAUUGUACAAUUAAAUCUGAAGUUCCUGCAGCGACUGUUGAAAUAAAAGCAGCAGGAGGAGCAGCUGGAGGAACAGCAGCUGGAGGAGCAGCAGCUGGAGGAGCAGCAGCUGGAGGAGCAGCAGGUGGAGGAGCAGCAGCUGGAGGAACAGCAGCGGCACACUCUCGGCACUUUGUCCUGCUGCUGGUGUGCUCUGGGAUUCUCUGCGUCCUGCUCAUGGCGUGCAUCGGUGUCAUCAUCUACAUCUGUGGGGUCAUGAAGGCCCAGGAAGCUCGCGAAUUCAUCAAUAAUCACACCAAGUACUACCACGACAAGCAUCAUGGAUACUGGAUGGGAUUGCGUCAGAAUGAUGACAAGUGGAUCUGGAUCAAUGGACCAAUGAGACUGAGGGUACUGGAUGCGGGAGAAAGUUGUUGA